AUGUUACGGUUACCGAUAAUAAUCCUCGCAUGCUUUACACCUAACUAUAUCUUGGCUGCUCCCACUGAGCUUGCGAAUUUAGCUCCACCCCCGACCGUCUUCGGAAACGCCCCAGGCCCAUUUAUGGAAACUGCACUAUAUCAAGAUAAUCUCCUCCGAAAUCGCAAAUUGCUGCUUGAAGCAGUUUCAGUCCCAUCGCCGAUGAGUGCACCCAUUCCCAAACAGUCGAUGGAUCGCAAUGAGGUUGUUUCAUCUCCAACCCCAGUUCAAGCAGAGCUGAUCAGAUGGUUUAUGAAGACUCGCUACGGGGGAGCUUUUACGCUUAAUGACGACUUCACAUUCCACGAAAGGCACAAGAAAUGUUGCGAGGAAGAAUACAGACAAGAAUACAGGCUGCCGUAUACCUGCCAGCAGCACCGGUGGGACCUGACCGGCCCCCCAGGGGGAUGCCUCAGCAGCAGCCAUCAGCGGAUAAUGAAAGAACUGCAUUGGGAUUUAAAAUUUUACGGUCGUUCCGAGCCUUUCCAAGCCAAAUGCGGGUUGUGA